AUGUCUUCAAAAUCGAAACGAAAAUCAAAAACAAACAAUGGGCCUAGGUUACCCGAAUCUCUUAAAGAAAAAAUAAAUGAACCUUUGGAAGUGGAUGAGAGAACGUUUAAUCAAAAGUUUGAGAACAGAGUGCAAACUCGUAAAGAAAAGAGAAAAAAAGAACGACUGACAAAAAAACGAAAAAAGGCAUCUGGUUUCAAGCUCCAUGCACAAGAAAGACCUUUGGCGAAACGUCAAAAAACGGAUAGCACGGCCAUCACGACCAAUAUUAAUAAGGAAAAAAUUUCAUCUAAACAAAAGAAUUCCUUGAAUGUUAAGCAAGUUCAACGAUUAGAAAAAUUAUCCUCGAGAAAUCCAAAUUUUUUCUCCUUACUUCAAGAGUCCAACCUCGUAAAACAUAGCGAUAUUUCUUCUUCGACAAAAAUUGUUGGAUCAAUACAAGCUGAUGAACGGGAAAUAAAGCAUUUAGAAAAAAAACUAGGGAUCAAAUCAAGUGGCAAAUUAUCAAAAUCUUUUAAAGACGAUGGAUUAGACGACUUAUUGGAAGGCUUGAGAUUUGGAACAAAGACUUCAAAUUUAGAGUCACCAAUGGACACAGAUGUUUCCCAAGAUGAGGAUUAUGAUGAGGAAUCCGAUAAAGAUGAAGGAACUAUAAGCGAUUCGGAAGAGACGAACGUUAGAAAUAAUGAAUCCGACUAUGAGACUGAUGAAUCGAAGGAAGAAAAAGAAUGCAAUUUUGUUGUCGAGAAUUCGGAGGAACGCGCCGAUAACAAAGUCGAGCCAGUUAGGUAUCUUCCACCACAUUUGCGUGAAAAACCUCAAGUAGCAAACGAUCGGGAACUGGAUAGCUCAAAGAAAGAACAACUUUUUAAACUACAGCGUCAACUACAAGGAUUGUUAAAUAGGUUAAGCGAAUCCAACAUCGAAAGUAUAGUUAUAAGCAUAGAAGAAAUUUAUCACAAAAACAGUCGUCAUGAUGUCACUUCCACUAUUACUACUCUCAUAUUGAAUUUAAUUUCCUCGAGGGCAAUGCUUUUGGAUCAACUUGUAAUUUUAUAUGCUACAUUUGUUGCUGCAUUAUACAAGGUUAUAGGGAUAGAUUUUUGCGCUCAUUUUGUUCAAACUUCGGUGGAGGAAUUUGAAAGAUUUCAUCAACAAUAUUACAAAUCUGCGGAAAUUAAUAAUAUCAUUGAGGGAAAUGGCGGAAAAGAGUGCACCAAUUUGACAGUUCUGAUUUCAGAAUUGUAUAACUUUCAAGUCAUAUCAUAUAUAUUGGUUUAUGAUUUGGUACGCUUAUUCAUCUCGGAUCUGAAUGAAUUGAAUGUAGAAUUACUGUUAAAAAUUAUUAAAAACAGCGGGUACCAGCUUAGACAAGAUGAUCCAUCAGCAUUAAAGGAAAUAAUACAACAAGUCCAUAAUGAAACAAGCAAAAAAGAUCCGAGGAGUUUAGGAUCGCGCACGAAAUUCAUGAUAGAGACUAUUGUGAGCCUUAAAAAUAACAGAAUGAAACAGCAAUCAGCUGUUGCAAACACCGAAAGUUUGUUAAGGAUGAAAAAAUUUCUUUCAAACUUAGGGAAGAGGAUUCACGUUCGAGCCACUGAACCGCUAAGAGUAAGUCUAGAUGACAUUCGGUCGGUAGAGACAAAAGGUAAAUGGUGGAUUGUCGGUGCAUCUUGGACCGCUAAUAUGAUUGACCAUCCAUCCACAUCUACUACACCAAAGACGGAAAAGAAUGAAGUCGCUUCGGACGCCUUGUUGAAUCUGGCAAAGCAACAAAAAAUGAACACUGAAGUACGCAGAAGUAUCUUUGUGGUUUUGAUGAGUAGUGAGGAAAAGAUCCAUAAUCCUUAUUACGCCCUCAUUGCUCAACGGCUUUGCAAUUAUGAUCAUAGCUUUAAGAUAACAUUUCAAUAUUGCCUGUGGGACUUUUUAAGAGAAUGUGGUGAAGAUGACAUAGGUGGCAUGGAAUUAGUUAAGAUUGCUCCGAUAAAAAAUAAAGAGCCAGAAAAGGUGGAAUUAAGACGACUUGUCAAUGUGAGCAAACUUUACGCAAUGUUGUUGUCCAGUGGCGAAUUGUCGGUAAUAAUAUUAAAGACUGCAACAUUUACUAAACUGCAUCCUCAAAGUCGAUUAUUUUUCCAACUUCUUUUUUCGAACGUCAUUAUUUUAACUCAAACACAAAACGCGAGAAAACGCAAUCCCCAAGCACUUGCACAGAUAUUUCUCAAGGCUUUGCCUAAUCCUACGUUAUCACAAGGAAUCUUGUUUUUUCUUCAUCAUUUUGUGAAAAAAGGUGAAAUUUUGAAAAAUGAGAAUGAAAAAGAAGUAGUGAAGUGGGGAUGUGAUGUCAUUAAGCAAGCUAUAAAAAAAAAUGUUAGUGUGAAUGAAACGUUAAAUUAG